CUGCCCUACUGUGGACCAGCUGUAACGAUGACAGUGCCACACAAGGUCUGCUGGCACUAGUCAAGUCAGGUCUCCACAGUCCACGGGAGCUUCCCGAGUUCUUCUGGAGUCACCUGGAGAGAGAUGUGCAGCUGCUAGCUAGGGCCCUGGGGGAAGAACCCCGAGGAUGCUGCCAUUGUGGUUCAUCUUGUUCUGAGGAACAUUCUCACCACUAACCCUCCCAGUCCUGCCAUACCUCUAGGAAUACUAGGGAAAAGAGAUGUCCGUAACCAGUGGGAGAAACAGUUCAGUGGGCUCUAUAUCAACCCCAUUCUUGAGAAGCUGGAAUCUGAAUUGACCUCUGCAAUGGCAACUAUCCUGAAUGAUGAUAAACAAGAUCAUGAUCCUCUGUACUAUCUGGUGUACGAGCGGGACACCUGUGGUGAAGGACAGUCUGGAGCCACAUAUGUGGGGCUAUAGGCCUCGCAUCACACUUGAGCACCUCGUCAGAUACAUGCAGCAGCAGAAGAAGAAGUUUCCCAUAUUGGAAGAGUUUCUCAAAAAUGAGACAGUUCUGCAAGCCACUCAGUAUAUUCCAGACAUAGUGCGACUGCAGAAGCUGCUCUUUGAUGAAAUGCACCACCGCAUUGAUCGCAAGAUGGCCCACAAAAUGUCCAUGCGGGACUUUAUUGUACGGCACCGCACAGAGAAUCUGUUGAAUGAGUAUCAGAAGAUGGUUGCUAGCGUGCAACGUGCUUGGCUACUUGUCAGAGACAAACUUAAAGACCACGGCCAGUUGAAGGUGGAGGAAGAGUACCUUAAGGAGGACCUAGGGUUGACCACCGCUCUGGAGUUUUUCAUUCCAACCACCACUGGUCCAGGGGCAUGCACUUUUUCCCUCGUCCAUUACCUCUCAUACAUUCACAACAACUUUAUUGACUGGUGUCGAGCCAAGAGCAAGACAAGUGCAUGGCAUGAGCACAAGAUCCAGUUAGCCCACACCCACAAGUGCCACCUCUUGGACUACCAGAGCCAGCUCACAUCCAUCCUUCUUUCUCACUGCCACUAUUCCCUCCGUUUGGGCCAGGGUCGUGAGGUCUCCUACGACCUCCCAGCCCUGGAGAAAUAUAUCCUGGACCGCUUUAUCCAUGGGAAGCCCACCAUCCUGGUCGAUAUCCCCCAUGUCAGCUACCAGGAGGAUAUCUACACUGCAGCCAAAUUUGCUGCCGUGAGAAAGAAGGUGGCACCACAGAGUGCCUUGCAGCAGAGAGUGCAGCAGGACAUAUUACGAGAGCUGGGAUCGCCUGACAAGCUUCGGAGGUCUUUGGAUGUGGUUGAGAUAGUCCUCGGUUUCCUGACGUCAGGAGGAGGGAAACCAAAGACAACACUUCGCUCCUACCUCAGAAAGUUAAAGAUGGAGAAGAGGUCUUUCAGCAAGAAAGCCAAGGAACACUGCAAUUUAGAACACAUUCUCUCUCUGUGGCAAACACUGUCGGGAGUGGUCCAGUCACAUGAUAUAAUUUGCCCAUUGCACAUGCAUGCUGGCUUGACAGAGCCAUUCCAUACUCUGAAUCAAGAGCUCCUGCAACCAUUAGCAGAGACCCAAUGUAAACAUCUGGAUCGAGCUCUUCCAAAGGUUGACCUGUCAGCUCUGCUGGGAACACUGUACGAGUUCAUUGAAACCUACACCAGACACAUAGACAUGAACAAGGAGUGGGGUUUGGUGGACACCCUUCCACCUCAUCUGGAGGCCAGCAACCUGGACCCUUCACUAGAUCUUGAUGAACUCCCUGAAGAUAUCACCCUGGCUCAAACUGCUUCUACCUGGAAAUACAUCGUACAGUUUCAAGCUCAACAGAAACAGCACUAAGUGUAUAAACUUCCCACUAUACCGUUGAACAUUAUAGUCAUUGUCUUAUGUAAGCUAAUUUUUAAUUUUGUAACUAGUUUACAUUACCGUUAUUAAAGGUGCUCAUGUUUGUUCAAAUAUAAUUAUGGUUAUGGCAACCACCC